AUGACUCAAGAUCCCCGUGUCCUGCUCCAGAAAGCCGACAAAGCGCUGUCCGGUGCCACUGGCGGCUUCAGUUGGUUCGGAGGAAGAGCAGAGAAGUAUGAUAAUGCCGCAGAUCUGUACACUCAGGCUGCAAAUGCGUUCCGAGUACAGAAGCUGAACAAGGAAGCUGGUCAGGCUUUUGAGAAAGCAGCCUCCAUCCAAACCCAGAACCUCAACGAACCCGACGAUGCUGCCAAUAACCUCCAGGAAGCGUUCAAGGUCUACCGCAAGACAGACCCCGAGGAUGCUGCCCGUGUGCUUUCCAGUGCCAUUCAGCACUACGUACUACGAGGCAACCUGCGCCGCGCGGCAACACAGCAGCAGUACCUGGCUGAAUUGUAUGAGGUGGAGCUUGGAGAUAUGAAGAAGGCGCUGGAAGCGUACGAGAAGGCCGCCGAGUGGUUCGAGGGUGAUAAUGCUGAAGCGUAUGUAUCCCAGUAUCUGUUUGAUUUCUGUGAAUUCGAGGGAAAGAGGUCGGCUGACAUAUACUUCAUAUGCAGCCUUGCAAACAAGCACUACCUCAAGGUGGCGGACCUGGCCGCCUUGGAAAGUGACUACUACAAGGCCAUCAACAACUACGAACGCAUCGGCCGGAGCUCUAUUAACAACCACCUGAUGAAGUGGUCUGUGAAGGAUUAUCUCUUGAAGGCAGGCAUCUGCCACCUUGCCACAAAAGAUCUUGUUGAGACCAACCGUGCUUUGGAAUCAUACCGGGAACUUGACCCUUCCUUUGGUUCGACAAGGGAGCACCAGCUACUCGUGGACCUGACCCAGGCUGUUGAGGGUGGUGACCAGGAAGGCUUCGCUGACAAACUCUUCCAGUUUGACCAGCUGAGCAAGCUGGACAAAUGGAAGACAACCCUCCUUCUGCGCAUCAAGAAUAACAUUGAGGAAGCUGAGGAGGACUUCUCGUAA